CCCGUCCCUAGCCCUAACGCCCGUCCGCUUCCGUCGAGCCGCCGAGAGGUCAGGUCCUCGCUCCGCUCCGCUCGUCGCCCCGUCCGUCUCCAUCGAGGACUGCCUCCGCAGAGCUCUUAUUGAUUGCAGGCUGCGGACAUUCCAAAGAAGUUUGCCCCGACCAUUGGCAUUUUUGUGGAUCACCACCACGGGUACGUAUGAGUGGCGACACGGAGCGCCGUCGCUCCGCCACUGGGCGUAAGUCAACUGUGUCGAGGUACAAGGUGGUGAAGUUCGACCUUAGCAAGACGAUUCAGUCCGAGAAGUUCGAAGAUAGGCGUACCUGGGGCAUCUUUGUUGAAGGUCGGAACGCGGUUUCGGUUUUGGUGGCCAUUAACAAUGUAUCCACAUUCAUUCAUGGCCGUAAUUUAGAUUGGCGAUGUGUGGAUACAUUUGAUGAGCAAUACAUGAAAGAUAAAAUCCGUAGUUUGAUCACGGAUAGGCAGCGACUAUCACAGAUACGCAAGGAAGUACAAAGUAUCCCUGAAGAUGACAUGAAAGCAUUUUUUGAUGUGAUUAGUAACAUUCGCAAAUUCACACUCAGUCCACGUUUGACUGGCCCAUCAGCUUUUGAAGUGAAUCAACCAUAUAUGCUACUUUGUCAUCUUUUUACCCCUGUGUUUCAUGGUUGGGUUGUAAGCCCUGAAUUGAGCAGCUAUGAUGCAAUUAAAGGGUUCACUCGUGAUGAGUUGAUACAGUAUUGCAACGCGCUGAUAGCCUUAGAAGGUGAGUCAGACAAUGUGAGAGUUAUUCGAGACUUAUUGAAUGAUUCAGAUCAGCUGCUGACAGCUUAUGGCUUUGAUUGCCUGGUUCAGGAGAUGAGAGAUGACAAGUUUGGAUUAUUUUUUUGGCGUAGCAGAUAUGAUGUAAUUCAUAAGCAUGACGGAGAUCUUUUUUUACUGGUUUCUGAUGAGAGGGUUCGCAGUGAAAUGCCCCAGGCCACUUGGAUGUUAUUUGAACAAUCUCCAGAAAGCAGCAUCUACUUCACAUCAGAAUAUCUACCUGUUGAAAACCAAUACAGUAUUGACAGAGCCAGAGAAUGGCACCAGCAAAAGCUUCAGCAAAAGACUUCGAGCUCGUUAGAGACAGUGAAGAAAGCUAAAAAGAAAAGGAAGAACAAGAAAUCAGCAAUGGCGAGCAAAGAAAUACCUGAACAAGGUGGUCCGAAUGUUGAAGAUGUGGUUGUUGCUGUCAGUAUCAGUGCUGAGCUUCGAAAUGAAGGUCAACCAACAACAACAAGGGAGAUGGACAAUCCUAAACAAGGUGGUCUGAAUGUUGAAGAUGUGGUUGCUGCUGUUAGUGUCAGUGAUGAACCAACAAGGGAGAUAUUUAACUAAUCAAACUUACAAGACCUAAUGUAGCAGAUCCUCAUCCUAAAUAUUUGUAUUUUUUGUUCAGCAUUUCUGCAGAUUUGAAGGAAGCGGCUGUUAAGUAUCUGACAAUGAACGGAUUGGACUCUGUUGAUGUUGAGUUGAAAAUAAUCGGUCUCCCUGAGCCGAAAAGGUUGGCCUGUUGACAAAAUUGAUAAAAGUCCAUUGUGAUUAAUGAUGUACAUGGUGAUAAAAUUGUUUGUUAGACAAAUUGAUAAAAGUCCAUUGUGAUUAAUA